UAAAAACAUUAAUCAUAGACUUCCUGCUGAUUUUUUUCAUUUUUAUUGCAUUUCUGCGAGAUUUUUGUGUUUAAAAGUAUUGUCUCAGCAUGCAGGAGGAAAACCGUGAGAUGUAUGCGUGUCUCAUCGAAUGGCUUGCGCUCGUAAAUGGCGAAAGCGACGCAAAUAAAUUCACACCCUCGUAUUUAUCCAAUGGCAUGAUUUUCGCCUUAACUCUGCACCAAAUUGACCCGUCGUACUUUUCGGAGGAACGACUGCUGUCGAAAAUCAAGCAAGAUGUCGACACGAAUUGGCGUCUCAAGGUCUCGAAUUUGCGAAAAAUUGUGGAUUUCUUGUACAAUUAUUACAUCGACAUGCUUGGCUUGCUCAACUUAUCUGACGCACUAAAACCUGACGUUGGCAAAAUCGGCGAGAAAACUGAUAAGCACGAAAUUGGCAAGUUGGUGCAAUUGAUUUUGGGAUGCGCCGUCAAUUGCGCGGAAAAGGAGAAAUAUAUCACGCAAAUUAUGGAUUUGGAGGAAGAUUUGCAACGAAACAUCAUGAAGGCCAUCCAGAGUAUCGAAUAUAUUUGGCAAAAUUGCACGCCGCCCCGAAGUUUACCUCCUGCCGUUGACUCGAAAGCAAUUUCCGACGAACGAGACAACCUGGCACAACGAUGUCACGAAUCAGAGUUGCAAAUUUCGGCGUUACUCGAGGAAAAAUCGACUCUUUUGCAGGAAGUUCAAAAGUUACAACAACUCGUUGAUCGAUUGGAAAACCCAAGUACCGUAAUUGGCGACGACGGGACAUCUUUGGGACCAAUUCAGGCAGGAUCGGCGCGUUAUAACGAGCUGCGAAAGCAAUGUGCGGAACUAAAAGACGAUUUGCUGCAAGCGGAGACUGCAAAAGACGAUUUGAAGAUGAAAUGCAUCCAACAAGAGCAGGAAAUCGUAAUUUUACAAGCGAAAAUCGAGGAUUUGCAUCAUCAAAGUAGCGAAGUUGCGGCGUUAAAGGACGAAAUCGAUGCCUUGCGAGAAACAAAUGAAAAAGUGAAGAUCUACGAGCAACAAUUGGCGGUUUACAAGAAGAAAAUGGACGAUUAUAACGACAUGAAGAAACAAAUUAAGCUUUUGGAAGAACGAAGUGCCGAAUAUUUGAAGCAAAAUAUGCAGCACGAAGACGAUGUGAAGAAAUAUUCCGGCAUCAAAGGUCAAGUUGAUCUCUACAAGAAGGAAAUUGACGAUCUUCACACGAAAAUCGACCAACAAAUGAACAAAAUAACCAAAUACGAGUACGAUUUGAACAUUGCCCAAUCGAAAGUGAGUGCUUUGACGCGAGAAAAGGAAAAUUUAUUGGCUGAAAAAGACCAACUUUUGGAGCAACUCGAUGAAUUACGGUGCAAUCCUGCUGAACAAAUUUCCGGAAAUACAGUUUCAAGCGAACUUUUGACAUCGUCCACGUUAAAAGAGAAACUCGAACGUUUAGAAGCCGAAAACAAAGCACUUCGAGAAGGCAAUGGAGGUCAAACAGCACUCGCUGACUUGUUACACGACGCCAAUCAACGUGCCGAAAAGUUGCGGGAACAACUCAAAGAAGCCAACCAAAAAAUUCUCGUUCUUGAAGGUUCGCCGACCUCGACAUCGACGACGAAAGAUGAAGCCGACAUCGAAUCAAAAUACGUGAAAGAAACGAAGGAAAGUCAAGUCGCAUCGCUGAGCAACAAAGUGACGAAUCUCGAAGCGGCACUUGCGGCAAAAACGCAAGAAUUGACGGCGAACGAGAUGCGGUACAAGAAACUCUUGGAAAAGGCGAAAGAAGUGAUAAAAUCGAUGGAUCCGACGGUUCCGUCGCCGAAUGAAGAGGAAAAGGCGGGAGUUGUCGACGAAGGACAUGCGCCAAUGUCGCAACUCGAAGAGAGAUUAAUUGUGUCAGCGUAUUACAAUUUGGGAUUGCAAUGUCAAAGGGAUGCAAUUGACACGAGACUUGCCUUACUAAAUAGUCCCGGGCAGAGUUUUCUUGCGAGACAGAGACAACCUGCGCCGAGAAAGCCGAUGAAUGUGAAUUAUAGCAAAAAGUAACUUUAAUGCGUUUAUGAAAAAAGUAUUUUUUUUUCCUUACAAUUUUAUUGUAUUUUUGAAUGAUUGAGAAAGAACAAAAUAAAAUUUAUG